AUGAAAGCAAACUCUAAGAAACCUCAGCAAGAAGUUGGAGGAGGUGUUGGUGAGAAGAAGAACGGUAGUGCUGUUACUAGUGAUCAACCUCCCUUAAUAUCAAAACCAUUGAAUAACAAUAAUUGUUCAUCAUCAUCGGCUGUGAAAGGUAUUGUUGGUUCCUCUUCGGAGAAUCUUUCAACAUUGAAAGGGAAGGAUUCUUCUCUGAGUAAGAAUGGAACACCUUCUUCAUCUCAAACACAAUUACAUUCCUCGAAGAUCAUGUCAUCAUCAAUUGAAGGAAAAGCAAAUUCUGUGGAAGUACCAAAGGCAACAAAUGGUGGUGUGAAGAGUAAUACUGUAAAACAGAAUCAUGUACCUUCAAAGCAAAUCUCUUCAGUAUCAAAUGGAGAUAAAAUCAAAUCACCAAAGAACAUUCCACUAAAAACGGACCCAGCAUCACAAAAGGAUAAACUUACAAGAUCAAUAACUAAAUCACCUGGAAUUACAAAUUCACAACCGAAGGAAUCUAAGAGUUUAAUAGUGAAACCAACCACUGUGAAGAGUUCGAAGAGUUCUCAUGCUGCAGCUAGACCAACACUUCCAAAAUUCACUUUCAAAGAUAUUCCCUCAGACGUCAUUAUCAUCAUUUUCGAUUUUUAUGGGGGAAUAUUCAAGAACAAGCCGCUAGUUGGUGGAAAGGAUGGUAAAUUGGACUAUUCAAAGUUUAUUAAGAAAUAUUAUGGAAGAUUUUUGGAUAAAACUGUAAAAUUCCAAUACCGAUUUAUUGAAGGAGAGUUUGAAACAAAUACUGACCCAAGAGAAAUUGCAGAAAUAUUGAGGAUUCCACUCCUAACUAUGAAUAAUCGAAGCAUCAAACUGGAGGGAAAUAUUGCAAGUUAUCUAUUUAAUUGUCCGCUUAAACUAUCUGCAGAAAUUUCAAUGCAAAAGUUGACUAAUUUUAUUUCACAACUUGGUGAGGAAUGUAAAAGAGUUAAAGUGUUGGAUACUGUGAAUUUGGAAACUGUUGUGAGUCAAUUUGAACUUGCAUUCAAAUCAUUCCCAUUCUUGGAGGUUAUCAGAGGAGGUAAAAAUAUGAUUAAGGCAAAAUACACUGAUCAUGCUGCAAGAUUUCACUAUUUUGAAGAAGAAAUGAUAAGAGCUCUCGAGCAUGGAGGUUCAAAUGUGAAAGAAAUCAUGUGGAUAGGAUCACCCCUUCCAAAAUCUCUCCCAUUCAUUACUCCAAAUCUGGAAAUCCUUUCACUAGAUCCAAGCAUUUUGAAUAAUCCAUUCGUUAGAAAGCUCCUUACAAAUAAUGGAAAUAUGAAUGGUAUUGCAGGAAACAUGCCAUCACAAGCAGGAGUUACUCAAGAAGAUGGUCUUUCAGGAAAUUUAUCUAGGAUGUUUAAUGUGAAUAUGAUGCAAAAUGGUGUUCCACAAGGAAAUAAUCAUAUCGUGAUGAAUCAGAAUAUAAUGAAUAGAAAUGUAACACCUAAUAAUCCAUUUUCACAACAGCCACUACAAAUAUCCAAUGGUAGUGGUAAUUGGAGUCAAGGUGAAUUGGAAUAUCUUAAAAUUGCUAUUGCCAGACAUCCAGAUAAUGUCGAUUUGGUACGCCAAUGUUUUCCUAAACGUUCUGCUCAAGAUGUACAGAAUAGAAUACAAAUCAUGAUUAAUGAAAUGAAACAACAAGGAGUCAUGCCAAAUGGCAAUAGAAUAAUAAUAAUGUUUCAACACCGACUGCUCCUAACAAUGUCAAUAAUAAGAGACCUAGUAUUUCAAUGCCAUCACCUGGAAAUGAUCAAGCCAAGAGAGUGAAGACAGAUUCACCUGUAAACAAGACAUUUAAUAGUACUGGAACACCAUCAUCCCCUUCAACCACUUUGGUGUCUAACUCCAAUUCUACUAAUAAUAAUAAUAAUACUGCUAAUAAUAAUACAGCCAUCAAUAAGCAAAAUAUUGCACCAUCUGCAGCUCAAUCAGAACGAUACAUUCAAACACUUUUACAAAAUAAUAAUUCACUCAUAUCAGAAAUCAAAGGAAAUAUUGAUCAAAGGAAAAUUACAUCCAAUGUAAAUCUUAUCAACAAAUUUAGAGAUAAUAUUAUUCAAAUUUUAACGUGUAUGUCAAUGAUGGAAGGUAUUAUGAGUCAAAUGCCUCCAAUACCUGUAAAAUUGAGCACUAUUUGUGUACCUAAGGGUGUCACUAAUAACACACCAACUAGUAGUAGUAAUCAACCAAACAACCAACAACCUCAACCUUCACAACAAAAUAUUGUCACAACUCCAAGCACGCCCCAAGAUAAUAAUUCCACAACCACUUUCCAAAAUAUGUUAGGAUCUUCCAAUGGUGGAGGUUUUAUGAUGAACAAUAAGAAAAUGUUAUAAACACAUAUAUUUAUUUUAAAAUGUAAAAAAGGAAACUAUUCCACCAAUAAAUUAUUUGAUUUCC